GAAAGGGGGAACGCGACGUCGGAGGGGGUGUGUGGGUCGGGUAAACGCCACCCUCCGCGGGAGGGUGUGAGUGUGUGAGCGGGUACGUGUACGGGUGCACAGCCGCCCCCGGGGGUUUCCCUUCUUCGUUGGCUGGCGCGCAGUCGAGCAACCCUGUGCUGUGCUCGCCAGCUCAGUUGCCCAUCGCCGCGACGACGACACGGUUGCGCCACUACGACACUCGGACGUUACCGUAACCGGGGCUGGCCGUACAGAGUAAACACGUUGCUUCUCUUGUCUCGAAGCCGCGUGUAUUAUUAUUUAUACGAGUUCGCUUCGAGUCCGGUCGAGUUUCGAAAUAUAGAUAGGGAGGGAGAGGGAGAGAGAGAAAGGGAGAGAGAGAGAGAGAGAGAGAGUGAGAGGGAGGAAGAGAGAGAGAGAGAGAGAGGAAAAGAGAGGAAGAACGCGAUGGGAGUUUAGUAUCGUACGUACUACAUGGGUCCGAUCUUUGACUGAGCUGUGGUGGUGCUGUCAGUGUUAUUUGGCCGUAUAUCGGUGUAGCCGAAUCGUCGCGAUUUGACCAAGUGUGCACGAGUUCUGGAGGAGAGGAGAGGAAAGGGAGAGAGGAAGAGGAGACGCGGGGCAAAAGUGUGAGGGAUCGGGGAAAGAAAAGAAUGGAAAAGGAAUCGGGAACGGACGUUGGACGUUGCUCUUGAUCUCUGCCCUAGGGAGGAUUGGCCGUCUCGUUGAUCGUCCGCUACGUUUUUUUUUUUUUUUUCCCCUCGUACGAGAUAGCGGCGGAAGAGCGGCCGGUGCACCGACGAGUGCCUUUCCGAGUUGAGCGAAGGAAUACAGAGCGGAGGCGGAGGAGGAAGAACUCUGUUGUCCUUGAAAUUCGAUCCCCGCGCGAGAAGAGAAUGAAAGAAAGAAGCGGUUCCACAAAUUUCCAUGCGCAUCGUUGAGGUCGAAGGAGAGUUUUGUUCGGUGCGAUGAAUGAACGAAACCCGUCACCCGCGCUAUCUCGAGGUUGAAUAGAAUUCCUGGACACCGGAGAUAAGGCCCUUGAUUGUCUUUGGACGAGUGUGUCUCGGUUAAUACUCGAACGGACGAGCGAUGAACCCAGGAAUCCGUACCUGAUCACAACGAAACCGCAAUUCAACGAACAGACUUAGGCUGAAAGUGUGAGGUUAAACGCGUAGUUUCUAGACAGAGUAGAUGUGUUCAAGUGUGAAACGAAAUAAUAAUACGAGAUAAUACGGUCGCGCCGUUUACAGGGAGAAGCCGAUACGUUUCAGUCGAGUCGACGCUCGCAGGUUGCCGUCGCUCGCCGCAACUUGCUCCUCAGUUUCUCCGUUCGACGGAUCCCCGGCUUCUCCGCCUUUACAACGAAGAUAAGUUUUAAAUUUACGUAUACUCGUAAACAAACCUAGUAAUUCUAAAUAUCGAUCCAUCAUUUUCCACGGCAAUUGCCAAUGAUGGAGAUCUAUGAAAACACUUAGGAACCGGUGACGGGUUCCCCGGUCGGUAUCUCUUCGUUUUAUUACAAGUCGAAACUCGUUGUAUAUUUUGGAAAAUCAACCGCUCAAUUAGCUAUCGUUUCGUAGCAAGCCUAUCGGAGUAGAGAUCGGUUUCCUUUCCUAUUCUCGAGUCAAGAUAGAGAAAUAUCGAAAACGAUGCUCGCCGCAAACCGUCGGAUCUCGAGCAAGCGUUAUGUCAAGGCCUAGCCACGCCGACAGCCUCGUUCUUUUCUAUUCCUCCUUGUUUGACCGUAGAAAGAAAGAAUCGUUCCACAAUUUUUGAUCGAACGGAUACAGUUCGAACGAAACCCAACGAAUUCGAAUCUUUCUCCAACACUCGGAAUCUUGUAAAAGGAAAGAGGAAGGAAGAAAGAAAAAAGACAAAAAAACAAAAGUUCCUACGAAUCGAGACUCGAUCUCGAUACGAAACAGCAACGAGAAAACAACUAUUCGAAACUGUUUGAUCGAAUAGCUGGCCAGGUAGAGAAACAACGAUCUUCUUGAAACUUUCGUUCUUUCAACGAGUCUUCGACGAGUCGAGACUCAACAUGCGCCGUUGAGCAUAGGGACUUGGACAGAAGCGCGAAGAGAAGGAUCUCGAUCGUUAUCUCGAGCGCGACGUUAAACGAUAAAUCUGGAAAGGGAAUAAUGCCGUUUUGAGACGCGAUAAUAAUCGGUGAGAAACGCAAAGAUGCCGCAGCGAUCGCCGUUCGCGAUCCAGGAGCUGCUGGGGCUGAACGGUACCGGAAACGGAAGCGGUACCGAUCGCGGCUCGCCCCAAGGAUCACCGCCGGCCGGCGUCUCGGCCGUUUCUUACGCGCCCACGGCGCCUCACCACAAGCUAUGGGACUACAUGCCCAGCCUGACCAAUCAUCUGGGCAAUCUGGGGAAUCUUGGGAAUCUGGGCAACCUCACGGCCUCGCGGAUGGCCUAUCUGAAUGCGCAGGCGGCCGUCGCCGCUGCCUUCCUGCCGCCGCCCCACCCCCACCCCGCGCACCACGUACCGCAUCAUCAGGUACAUCAACCGGGACAACUUCCGGCCUCACCGGCCGGUGUCAACGUGCAUCCGGGUGCACACGCGCAGCAUGUACUUCCGGGCACCGCAGUCACCGCGAACCAUCAUCAGCACAGUCCGAGUCAGCACACGCCACCCCACGGUUUCUCUCAGUCGAAGAGCUCGUUCUCAAACACAAGCCCAGGUGUCGGGCACAAUAUAGAAUCCGGGAAAGACUUCACGGUCGACGGUCUCUCCGGUUUCAGCAAAAAGAAGAAGAAGAAGCGUCGUCAUAGCUCCAGGACGAUCUUCACGUCACAGCAGCUGGAGGAGCUGGAGGCAGCCUUCAAAGAGGCCCAUUAUCCGGACGUGUACGCUCGCGAGAUGCUCAGCCUUCGAACCGAUCUGCCCGAGGACAGGAUACAGGUCUGGUUUCAAAAUCGAAGAGCAAAGUGGCGCAAAACUGAGAAGUGUUGGGGAAGAAGUACCAUAAUGGCGGAGUACGGCCUGUACGGAGCUAUGGUACGGCACUCACUACCGCUUCCGGAGACCAUAUUGAAGAGUGCCAAGGAGAACGAGUCGGUGGCGCCAUGGUUGCUAGCUCAAUCAUCUAAGACGAGCAGCUUUAGUCAAGAUAUCGAAAAUAAUCAAGAACUGAUUGACUGUGGCCCCGCAGGGAUGCACCGGAAGUCAAUCGAAGCAGCGGAACACCUCAAGUCAGGCGGAGAGGACAGUGGAAACGAUCAUAAUGGAAGCGGAAGCAGCCCCCAUCAUAAUCAUCAUCAAGGUGGACCGACCAGUUCUGAGAGCGGACAGGAGAGUCAGGACGGCAUGGGGCCUUCUUCGUCGACAGGAAUCGUUCAGGACACGGAGCAGCUGAGGAACGAGAGCAUCGCCUGUUUAAGGGCGAAGGCUCAGCAGCAUCAGCUGCAACUGAGCCUACAACCAACGGCUGCGCCCACAAGCACCACGUAUCCAACAGGCCCGCAAUCGAGCACGCUUCACGCCCCCGUUUAAUCAUCGUUUCAUCGACAUUCCCUUCACACGAAUCAUCGAAACUAGGAGACGAUUUCGAUUAACUUAGAGAGAACACGAAUCACGAAUUCGAAACUUUAAACAGUUCCCCGAAUAAUCUCGCGAAUCAUCCGCGCGAAUCUCCGAUAUUCUAUUCGGGGGAUCACGAAAUACAUACAUAUAUAUAUAUAUAUACACAUAUAUAUAUCAAUGUUCCCGGGAAGAUCAUGCUUCCCGCCCGAUCUUUGCCAAUCGAGAGAAAGAGAGAGAGUGAAUGAGAAAGAGAGAAAGAAAGAAAGAGAGAGAGAUUCUUCGUGUAUUUCCGACAUAUAAAUAUUAUCGAGUUAACUUCGAUUUCAACGAAUCAGGGUAAACGUCUAUCUACCUAUUGCUAAGAGAAAUAUGUACAGACGGAUACAGACGGAGUACCGUGCACCGAGUAUACGUAUUACACGAAACAACGAACACGAAUCGUUACGAUCGGGCUCGGAAUCAUCGAAGCCCGUGAUCGAUAAAUCGCGCCAGGGCCUAUUCUCGCAUUUCCCGCACCUUUCCGCGCAGGAUAUGGACGUCGAUCGACGAAGGGGGCAACGAGAAGCAACGAGAAAUUAUACUUCGAGCCGGUACUUCCUCAUUCAACGAAACGGUGGCCUAUGGACGGCCAAGUACAAUGACGAAUCAUCAUCGAUCGCGGUGUGACAAUGCUCGUCGCCUCCACCCGUCGACACCGGCUCGUUUCUCGCGAUUCGCUGCGUUCCUCGGUGGGAAGAAGGGAGGGAAGAGGAGAGGAGAGGAGAGUUCGAGGGGGGCAAUGCCUCGAAAAAUAUAUAUAUCUCUCGCGGGCCUCACGAUGACAUGUCGAGCGCGAGGAUCGAGCGACGCGAAAAAUCGUUGGGGGAGGGGGAAAGAGGGGGAGGGGGCACGAUUCCACUGGCUGACCGCUGGAACGAGUCGCGCCGGUGAAUCGACGGCGAGUGGUCUAGGCGAAACGACUAAUUAGGAGUAAUAGCCGCUUUAAAUAGUGCGAGUAUAAAUAUAUACAUAUGUAUGGCGACGCGUGUAUGCUGCAACGUGAUUAUGUCGAAGAGGCAAGGAAGAGAGAGAGAGAGAAAGGGAGUGCAUGUGAGUGUAUGUGUGUAUGAAAGAGCGCGCGAGUAUGCUUGCGUUACCUUGAAACGAAGAUUUCGCCUUUAAGAGAUUACCGAACGAUUUGCAACGAACAACAAGAUAAAUAAAUUAAAACCACGAGUGAGACGAGUAAUACAUAUAUGAAUUAAAAUAAUAUCAAGCAAGAUACAUCGAAGUUGAACCUCGAGCAGCAAUGUCCUUCUUACCCGACCUUUGUUUUCGAUCGGAUAUAUGUAUAUGUAUAUAUAUCCUUCUUUCCAUUCAGGGACAAGCGCGUUGGAGAAACGUGUGAGAAAUUCCACAAUCCGUGGAUUAAUCGAUCGAUAAAAAAGUGUAUACGGGAGAGAGUUAGUUAAUAUAAUAUAAGGCGAGAAUGAAGUGAAGUGAAGAGAUGCGAGGAAUGUUCACGGAUAUAUAUUCCGCGGGAGAGAGGGAGAGAGUGCAACGGAAAAUGUUUAUUAGCGAACACUUCCUAUACUCAAGUACUUAAGACGUAACUGUUGUCAAAUGUGCAAUAUAUAAGGUAUAAGUUCUAGAUUGGUAAGGCAUUAUACUUUAUUUACGGAUACGCAACUACGUGAGGUGUGGUUUGUCUGGGUAAUGGCGCCUUGACGGACGGGCGGGGAAGGUCCCACAGGCUGAUUAGAAUUGAUCGUAGGAUGCAAUUUAACGUGGAAAUUUCUAUUCGUGAAACUUUGAAAACGUGAUUGGGGGAUAAAGAAAAGGGGGAUCGUAGCAAGAUAUUCGUUACGCUCGAUUCGUAUGUAAAAAACGUAUAUCGUUCUUCGAUAUGCUAAUCUUAGAGGUCUGGAGAUUUAG